UUCCUGUCCCGCUCGGGGAACCGCCUCCUGCCGUGUCCCGGGACAGCGCUCAGCGCCGCAGCCCCUGGAGGUCCCCUGCAGUGCCACCUGCACCAUGCAGUCCCGCCUCCUCCUCCUCGGAGCCCCGGGCGGCCUCGGCGAGGUGGCCUCGCGGCGCGUGCGGCUGCUCCUGCGGCAGGUGGUGCGCGGCAGGCCGGGCGGGGACCGGCAGCGGCUGGAGGUCAGACUGAUGCACGCCGGGGUGACCGACUCAGGUGAAACAGUUAAUAUUGGAGAUGUGUCCUACAGGCUGAAAACUCCCAAGAAUCCAGAACUUGUCCCACAGAACUACAUUUCAGAAUCUCCAGCUCAGUCCAUAGUCCAGCACCUGAGAUGGAUAAUGCAGAAGGACCUGUUGGGGCAAGAUGUCUUUCUCAUAGGACCUCCUGGGCCUCUGCGGCGUUCUGUUGCAAUGCAGUACUUGGAACUGACCAAACGAGAGGUGGAAUACAUCGCCCUGUCAAGGGACACCACCGAGAGUGACCUCAAACAGCGCCGGGAGAUCCGAGCUGGCACAGCUUUUUAUAUCGACCAGUGUGCUGUUCGGGCUGCCACAGAAGGCAGGACGCUGGUUUUGGAAGGCUUGGAAAAGGCAGAGAGAAACGUGCUUCCAGUAUUGAACAACUUGCUGGAGAACCGCGAGAUGCAGCUGGAAGAUGGCCGCUUCCUGAUGUCUGCAGAGCGCUAUGACAAGCUUCUCCAAGAUCACACUAAAGAGGAGUUGGAUGCUUGGAAGAUUGUCCGAGUUAGUGAAAAUUUCCGAGUGAUUGCCUUGGGCUUGCCAGUGCCCAGGUACUCUGGGAAUCCAUUAGAUCCUCCUCUCCGUUCUCGAUUUCAAGCCAGAGAUAUUUAUUUUCUACCCUUCCAGGACCAACUAAAACUAUUAUAUUCAGUUGGAGCCAAUGUUUCUGCUGAGAAGGUUUCUCAGCUCUUGUCCUUUGCUACAACUCUCUGCUCCCAAGAAUCCUCUACACUUGGACUUCCAGACUUUCCCUUAGAUAGUUUACCAGCGGCAGUUCAAAUCCUGGAUUCCUUUCCUAUGAUGUCAAUUGAACAUGCCAUCCAGUGGGUGUACCCUUACACUAUUUUACUAGGACACGAAGGGAAGAUGGCUGUGGAAGGUGUUUUAAAACGCUUUGAGCUCCAAGGUUCUGGGAACCCCCUGCUUCCUACAGAGAUUUUAGGAGUGGAGAGGGUGACUGACAACCACAUCUCUCAAGCGCAUGUGGCAAUCCAGGUCGCAGGAAAAGAGGUGACCAUUAAGGUGCCAGCGGGAACUAGAGCACUAAAUCAGCCUUGUGCACCUGACCGUUUCAUCCAGACUCAGAGUCAUAAGCAGCUGCUGGCUGAGAUGAUGCAGUCUCAUAUGGUGAAGGACAUAUGUUUAAUUGGAGGAAAGGGCUGUGGGAAAACAGUCAUCGCUAAGAACUUCGCUGAUAUCUUAGGAUACCACAUAGAACCCAUCAUGCUGUAUCAGGAUAUGACAGCACGAGACCUGCUCCAGCAGCGGUACACUCUCCCCAACGGUGACACAGCCUGGCGAUCCUCACCCCUUGUAAGUGCUGCUCGGGAAGGCAAGCUGGUCCUGUUGGAUGGCAUCCACCGGGUCAACGCUGGUACGCUGGCUGUAUUGCAAAGACUAAUCCAUGACCGGGAGCUCAGCCUGUAUGAUGGGUCUCGGCUGCUGAGGGAAGACAGGUACCUGUGCCUGAAGGAGGGGCUACAACUAACUGAUGAGCAGCUACAGGACAGAUCCAUUUUUCCUAUCCACCCUUCCUUCAGAAUCAUCGCUUUGGCAGAGCCUCCAGUUGUCGGAAGCACAACACAGCAGUGGCUGGGGCCAGAAUUCUUAACCAUGUUCUUUUUCCAUCACAUGAAGCCACUUGUGAAAAGUGAAGAAAUGCAAGUGAUAAAGGAAAUGGUUCCAAAUGUACCACAGGAAGCUUUGGAGAAAUUGCUGUCACUUACACACAAACUCAGGGAGACUCAGGAUCCCACAGCACAGUCCUUGGCAGCCUCGCUUUCUACCCGUCAGCUGUUGCGGAUCUCUCGCCGAUUGUCGCAGUAUCCCAGUGAAAAUCUUCAUGAUGCUAUUACUAAAGCCUGCCUUUCCAGAUUCUUACCAAGCCUUGCCCAGUCAGCGCUGGAGAAGAAUCUGGCAGAUGCGUCAAUAGAAAUAAAGACUGAUGGUUGCCUGGAACCAGAACUGGAGAAUUACAAGUGUGAAGUGGUAGCCGGGUCUCUGAGGAUUGGCACUGUCAGUGCACCAGUCCACAAUUCCCAUGAGAAGAUGAAAGUGCCUGAUGUUCUCUUCUAUGACAAUGUUCAGCACAUGAUCGUGAUGGAAGACAUGCUCAAAGACUUUGUCCUUGGAGAGCACUUGCUCUUGGUCGGUAACCAGGGUGUAGGGAAGAACAAGAUCGUGGACCGCUUCCUCCACCUACUCAACAGACCGCGAGAGUAUAUCCAGCUGCACAGGGACACCACGGUGCAGGCUCUGACUCUUCAGCCCUCGGUUAAAGAUGGACUGAUUGUGUAUGAAGACUCACCUCUGGUUAAAGCAGUAAAGUUGGGUCACAUUCUAGUAGUAGACGAGGCAGACAAAGCCCCAACAAAUGUCACCUGUAUUUUGAAAACUCUAGUAGAAAAUGGAGAAAUGAUUCUAGCAGAUGGAAGACGUAUUGUUGCACAUGCUGCUAAUGUGGAUGGAAGAGAAAACGCUAUUGUGAUUCAUCCUGACUUCAGGAUGGUGGUUCUGGCCAACAGGCCUGGCUUCCCUUUCUUGGGCAAUGACUUCUUUGGAACUUUAGGGGACAUUUUUAGCUGUCAUGCCAUUGACAACCCCAAGCCCCAUUCGGAGCUUGAGAUGCUCAAGCAGUAUGGCCCAAGUGUGCCUGAACCUGUCCUUGAGAAGCUUGUAGCAGCCUUUGGGGAGCUGAGGAACUUGGCUGACCAAGGGGUUAUCAACUAUCCUUAUUCUACCAGAGAAGUUGUCAACAUUGUCAAGCAUUUACAGAAAUUUCCCACCGAAGGUCUCGCCAGUGUGGUUCGGAAUGUAUUUGACUUUGAUUCUUACAACAGCGACAUGAGGGAGAUUUUGAUGAACACUUUGCACAAAUAUGGGAUCCCCAUCGGAGCAAAGCCUACAAAUGUGCAGCUGGCAAAGGAGUUUCCUCUACCAGAGCAGACAUUCAUGGGCUACUGGAUAAUUGGUCAGGCGGGAAAUGGAAUGCAAAAGAUCUUGUGUCCAGCUGAAACGAAUCACAUUGACAUAAAGGGUCCAGUGCUUGUGAACAUAGAAGAGUACCCAAUAGAAAAGCAUGAUGCAAGAUUCCUAAACUUUACUGAAGAAUAUACCUCUUGGAGGGUUCCAAUAGAUGAAGUUAAUUUAAUCUGUGAUGUUGCUGUAUCACAUGAAAAUGGUGAACAUACGCUGUAUGUAGCUGCAUGCAAUCCCGUUUCGUUGUACUUUAUGAAUAUGACUGGGAAAAAUGGCUUCUCCAUGGACUUCUUUGAUAUCUUCCCGAGAAUGGCCAGUGGAGCCUGGCGUCCAUUUGUGACAGUAGCACCACUGGGAAGUCCACUCAAGGGUCAAGUUGUUCUGCAUGAGGAGCAGAGUAACACUAUCCUCUUGAUAGACACCACUGGCCGUGCCAUUCGCCGUCUCAUCCUUCCCAUAGAAGAGUUUACAUCUAAGAAAUCUUCCUGGUGGACCAAGGAGGAAGGUGAACCUUACAGAAUGUGUAAAGAAUUUUCACACAAGAACUGGGUAGUAUUCUACAAAGAAACAGGGAAUAGUUUGACUGUCCUGGAUGUCUUAGAAGGACUAACUCACACCAUCUCACUUCCCAUCAACCUCAACAGUGUUUUCCUUGUAGCAGAGGACAGAUGGCUUCUCGUGGAGAACAAAACAAAUCAGAAGUACAUCUUGACUAAGCCCGCCCUCACUGAAGACACUGGGGCUUGCCAGCUGUAUAAGUUGCAAGAAGAGUUGCCUAGCACAGGAUUUGGGGUCACACGAGAAACAGAGUUGUGCAUACCUCACAAAGUUUCAAGUGACCAGCUGUCAUCUGAAAACCUGACUUCUGCUUUGGGCCAGAAGAUUGCCUCUCCAAAUCGUAUUCUCUCAGAUGAAAAAAACCAUGCCACCAUAGUUGUUGGCUUCCCGGAUCUCAUGUCACCCAGUGAGGUUUAUUCAUGGAAGAGGUCUUCGUCUUUGGGAAAACCGAGUGUCAUCAACAGAGGAAUCUAUGGCGGGAAGCAAACAAGUGUUACCCCAAGGCACAGCAACUGUGUGACUCUCACACACACUAACCAGGUGGUCAGGAUCCUGCCUCCAGGAGAAGUCCCUCUAAAAGACAUCUACCCAAAAGGGGUUACCCCACCACAGACAGCUGGCUACAUAGAGGUCACGGAUCUCCAAGCAAAGAAACUCCGAUACCUCCCUGUCCCCAGUGCAGAAUCUCUCUCGCCAUACACCGCAUGGAUAUCUGCUAUUUCGGACACAGAUGCUCUGCUGGCUGAGUGGGACAAAAAUGGCGUUGUGACUGUUGAUAUGGGAGGGCGUGUCAGGCUUUGGGAGACUGGACUUGAACGUCUGCAGCAGUCGCUCGUGGAAUGGAGAAACAUGAUUGGACAAGACAGUGACAAACAUAUGCAGAUAACGAUUGAAAGAGACAGUGACGAAGACGUGAGCGCCCCUAAGCACGGCAAGGAGGACCCAGACAAUACGCCCCAUGUGGGCGGCAACACGUGGGCCGGCGGAACAGGGGGAAGAGACACGGCAGGUCUUGGUGGCAAAGGAGGCCCUUAUCGCUUGGAUGCAGGCCACCCAGUGUACCAGGUGUCUGAGGUCGAGAAAGAUGCAGUUCCUGAGCAUGUCAAGAGAGCUGCAAGAGAGAUGGCACAGAGAGCAUUUCAGCAGAGGCUAAAGGAGAUCCAAAUGAGUGAGUAUGACGCCGCAGCCUAUGAAAGGUUUUCAAGAGCUGUUCAACGGCAGGUGCUCGCCCUCCGAAUCAUCCUGGAUAACCUACAGGCCAAAGGUAAAGAAAGACAGUGGCUAAGACACCAAGCUACUGGAGAACUAGACGACGCCAAGAUCAUUGAUGGGCUGGCCGGAGAAAAAGCCAUCUACAAACGUCGGGGUGAUCUGGAACCCCAGCUGGGUAGCCCACAGCAGAAGCCCAAGCGCCUGCGCCUGGUGGUAGAUGUUUCCGGCAGCAUGUACCGCUUCAACGGGGUGGAUGGCCGGCUGGAGCGCUCCAUGGAGGCGGUGUGCAUGGUCAUGGAAGCCUUUGAGAACUACGAGGAGAAGUUCAAGUACGACAUCGCUGGACACUCGGGAGAUGGCUACAACAUCAAGAUCGUUCCGGUUAACAAAAUCCCCAAGGACAAUAAGCAGAGACUAGAAGUUCUAAAGACAAUGCAUGCCCACUCUCAGUUUUGCAUGAGUGGGGACCACACGCUCGAGGGGACAGAACACGCCAUCAAGGACAUCACCAAAGAAGACGCUGAUGAGUACUUUGUCAUCAUCUUGAGUGAUGCAAAUCUAUCCCGAUAUGGGAUAAACCCAGCCCGCUUUGCCCAGAUCCUGACAAGCGACCCUCAAGUAAAUGCCUUUGCCAUCUUUAUCGGCUCUUUGGGGGAUCAGGCAGCCAGGCUUCAGAGAACUCUGCCAGCUGGCCGCUCUUUCAUUGCUAUGGACACCAAGAAGAUACCUCAGAUUUUACAACAGAUCUUCACCUCCACCAUGCUGUCCAGUAUCUAAGAAGGGCCCUUCCCCAUCCCGGGACUGGAAGCAAGAUGAAAGCAGAGAGAACUCUGAAAAGACACCAGCCGAGCUGACCUGUGUGGCGGCUGGACGCUGCUGUCCAGCAGCCAGCAGACUUGUGAAUGGAAAUGUACUCUGGAUGGGUUGGAGGAAACGGGUUGACCUGCAUUUCUUAAAAGGUCAGGGUUGAAGGAAGUAGGUACAGGAACUGGAGGGCUUGGUCUGGUUUCAAACUCAAAGGAUAAAAAAAAAAAAAAAUACCCACUUUUGCCUUAAUAUGUCAUCUGCCACCAGAUGCCAUUCCAGAAAACGGAGCCUCUAAGCCCGUAGUCUGCCACGAAGGGACAGGUCUGCCAGCCCCACCCACCAUGCUCCUGUCUAUAGUUAUUUUUACUCUCUGCAAUGUGUCUUGCCCAGCAAACAACAAUUUUACAGCAGUUAACCCACAGGAAAGUAUUUGGACAGCAGUCUUUAUAAAGUGUUUGAUUCUCUCACUAACCCAUUCUCUUGACCGAAAACUCUCCUUGGGGCGCUUGCUCUCCCACAUGGCUUCUGAACAGCUUUGAGAUGGUAAAGAACAGAUGUCCUGCCCACCCUGAAGGGUGAGGCUACCCUGCCUCGGGUUCCCUGCAGCUUGCAUUUUGCCCUUCCCCAGAGUUGUACAAUGGAAUAUACUUUGCUGUCCAAAUCACAGCACUGAAAGUGGGAGAUGCUACUUGGACAAGGUACACAAAGUUCAAAGAAGUGUGUUUGACUGAA